GCCCAGGGGGCAGCAGCAGUCUGAAUGCAAACAUGUCUUCUGUCUACCGUGCACGGUUCGAGUUGAAUGGCUUCGUGGUGUUUCGUUGACUCGCCGAGGUCCUUUUAAUAUGUUUCUGUCUGUUUCUACACGUUUGCUACAAAUUUAAAAGUUUCGUGUUUGAAGUCAGCGUGCGUAAUGCCGCUUUAAAUUAUUGUCUGCUGGUUUUCAUCACCCCAAAAGGCACGAGAGCGAUGUAGCCAAAUCUGCCAUAAAAGCAAGUUAUGGUCCGAGGCUACUAGGGCUGCGUGGAGCUCGGACCUUGCGCAGCCACAGCAGUGACGUGCUGAGAUGGCAGCCCACUUGUGCCUGGAGGAAGCAGAGGUCGUACGAUUGGUGCUGGAGUUUCUGGCCAAUCGGGAGCUGAGCAUCAGCCAGCUGGCAUUGGAGCGUGAAUCGGGUGUCAUUAAUGAUGCCCUCUCUGAUGACCUGCUUUUCUUGCGGCAACUUAUACUGGAUGGCCAGUGGGAUGAUGCCCUUGGCUUUGUGGAACCCCUUGAAGUCAUGGAAGCCUUCGACAUCAAGCGUUUCAAAUUCUCUGUGCUAAAGCACAAGUUCCUCGAGCUGCUGUGCAUCCGAUCUGAGGCUGGGCUGGUGCAGAGCGCUGAGCUGGGUGUGGACGAAAUGGUGGCCUGCCUUGGGGCCCUGGAGCAGUGCAGCCCCUCACGCGAGCACUACAACCAGCUCUGUCUGCUACUUACCUUUCCCCGACUCUGUGAUCAUCUUGACUACAAGCACUGGAAUCCCAGCAAUGCCCGAAUCAACUGCUUCAGAGAGGUACUGCCACUUGUGGAGAAGCUGCUACCAUCUCCAGUAAAGUCCCCUGUGUCAGUUCAGCGUACAUCGUCUGGCGACCGUCUUGUCCAGUUGCUCAUUAAGGGUAUCUUGUACGAAUCCUGCGUUAACCUCUGCCAGAAAAAGGCAACCCUUCCGCCAAGCAGCGCUCGGGAUGAUGAGUUUCACUUUGCCGAACUCCUAGGAAAUGCCGAUGCCGAUCUCAGCCUGUUCUCAUGGCUCCAGUGCCUCCCGCCAGAAGUGUUCUCUUACCCAUUUGAACAGAAAGUGCUUAAUGUUGACAUACGGCAGUUAGUUAAGCCGUUCCUUGAAGCAUCCUGGACAGAGCAGAUUCUGGCAACGCCAAUCAAGCCACGUGUCUUCCCUCACUCUGCUGUUCCACGCACCCCAAUGAGCCGUUCGCUCAUAAUGGCUAGCGUGGAAGGCGGCCUUUUUUCUGCAGGCAGUCAUCCAGCCCUCAGUGGUUGUGCCAAGAUGGCCCUUUCAAUGGCAGACCUGUCCUCAUCCAUGUCACGGUCAUUUGGGGCCUUCCAUCUUACAGGGAAAAAGCUGAUGAAUACAUCUGUUGACCGGCUCUUUGAAGUGGGUGAUGUAUUCAGCACAAGCUGCACGGACAUUCGGACAGGCACCUUGCCCGAUUUGCUCAAGGAGGAAGAGGAAGAGAACAAGGAUGGCAAUGAAAGUAAAGCCAGCGAUGCAGACAAAUCUCAGUUUUGGAAAGAAUUCCAACGUCUCAGGAGGAACCUUCAUCACCAUCUGGAUGCGGCUAUGGCAAUGUCACCAGCGGUGGUUGAGAGUGACAAAAGGACGUCAAACUCAGUGGUAGCAGUUCCACCUUCACCAACACGAACACCUACACCUACUUCUGCCCCAACAAGUGCCACUACCUCUGCGCCUUCACGCACAAAAUCUGCUGCUGAAGUAACACUUGUAUCCCCAGCAUUAACGCCAAUUGUCAAACAACACAGAAAGGUAGUGUAAAAUUUACGACAAGCACACCACGAAAUCCAAGGACAGCACCUGCACAUGUGACAACAGUUACGAUAGAUGGAGUGGUGAAGAACCUCUCUGAAGAUCUCCGGUCCACUGACAGCUAUCCAGAACACAGUGAUUCAAGCGUUCAUUCGGACACGAGGUCAAUAAGCGCCCAAUCUCGGUCAUCAGGGCAGCCUUCGAGUGCUGGAUCGGCAAGAGUCCUCAUCAACACG